UCAAAAAUUUCUCCGAUUAAAUAAAUUGCUGUUGAUUGUGUCUUCUAAUUCAAUUGUUUCUUUCUUUACUUAAUCAAUGGUUAAUUGUAUUGUUUUCGUUCGAACAAUUUAUCCCCAUAGUUUAAUUUGACAACUUUAUUUCUUCACCACGGAUAAACAAACCAAAGCUUGAGAAUAUUUUUCUCUUUCUCUCUUUCUCUUUAUUUUUCUUUCUUUUCAUCUUUAUUUUUUUUCUUCUUUCAUCUUCUUCUUAAAUUUGACUAAUUUCUCUCUUAGUUGAUCUAUUGCUGAUCAAUAUUUUCCCUUGUUUUUUUUUUGGUUUACUGGUUGAAAAACUACAAAAGAGAAGCGGAUAAACAACCAAUAUUUUGUCAUGUCAGAAUCAACAUUAUUUCAACUAUGGUGUUAUGGAGCUGGUGCUGUGAUAUUUAUUAGUAUUGUUGGUUUGGGUGCAAUUCUCAUGAUUCCAAGCAUCAAAAAUCAUCAUGGAGAUGUUAUUCAGCUUCUAGUUGGACUUGCCAUUGGAACAUUAACAAGCGAUGCUCUCCUACAUCUUUUACCUCAUGCUUUUAUUGAACCUUCACAUGGCUCUGAUAAUCAUCAUCAUGGAGACAAUCAUGGUCACUCUCAUGGUGCCGAUGAAACAGCUGAAAUGGCAAAGAUUGGACAUGGGGAUCAUACAAGAAGUGUUAUUUAUGGAUUAAUGUCGUUAAUGGGGAUAAUUGGGUUUCUCACAUUUGAACGAGUUUUAACAAUAAUUAGUGAUUUAUUUAGUCAAAGUAAUCGGAAAUCAUCCAAGAUUUCUAAUUGCAAUAAAGCUAAACAUUCAAAUCACAACUUAACUGCUUUAAACGAUAAUGGACAUGCGGCUGCCUCGGAAUUGGAGAAACUUAAUGAAACAAUUAAAAUGAAUGAUGAGAAAUGUAAAGAGGCCGGUGAUGUAGCUUAUAUGAAUGGUAAUGCAAAUGAUUUACAAUUAACAACGGAACAAUGUCAUAGGGAGACGAUUGUUUAUCAACACCCAGAUCCUGAUAAAGGAUAUGUUGUAACAUUAACUGAUCAUCAUCAUCAUCAUCAAAAGCAACACCAAAAAGGAGCCAAAUCAGUGAUAAUGAUGAUCGUUACCGGUGAUGGGAUGCACAACUUUUUCGAUGGCUUAGCCAUUGGAGUCGCGUUUGCCGGUGGUGGGGUAGGUGGUGGUUUAAGUACCUCCGUAGCCAUCUUAUGUCACGAAUUGCCUCAUGAAGUGGGCGAUUUUGCGGUUCUUCUUAAUGCUGGACUUUCAACCAAACGAGCAGUAAUGUACAAUUUUCUAUCAGCUGUUUUGUGUUUCAUUGGAAUGACGGUUGGUGUAAUAGUUGGUAAAAUGGAUACCGGAUUAUUAAGUUCCCUAAUUGCUGGGAUGUUUUUGUAUAUUGCACUUGUAAACAUGAUUCCCCAAUUAGAUUGUUGUCCAACCGAAUCAGGAACCACUCGAGCCCUUAAAUUAUCAAUCCAAUUAAUAGGAAUCAGCAUUGGCGUUGCAAUUAUGUCUACCAUUUCUAUUUAUGAGACCAAUUUACAAGAACUUUUCCAAUGAUAAUAAUAAACAAAAAAAAGCCAAAAAAAAGUGAAAAAUUAAAUAUUAAUAGAAUUAAUUUUCUUGCUGAUAAACA